GAACUUACAAGGAAAAUCAGUAGUUGCAAGAUUUGUUGCAAGUAGUGCUCCUUGGUGGUCUAGUAGAAUUGUAGAAAGCUGAUUAUGUGGGGAGCUUUUAAGAGGACAUUGCAGACAACAAGCAUAGGAGAAUUCAGAGAUCAACUUGUCCAAGAAUAGGGAAAAGAUCAAGCUUGGGAAAUUUGACUAGUUUAAUACCUUAGAGUUUUGAGUGAGGUGCUGUUUGUAUUAUGGUCAUUCUCUUGAUACGGGCAUGUGGUUGUAGUUGAGUAUAUAUAAGGGGUUGACGGAAUAAUCUGCAAUUGAGAAAAUGGCUACGUGGGAAAACUUUGGGGAAAUUGCAAAUGUUGCUCAGCUUGCUGGCCUUGAUGCAGUGAAGCUAAUUGGGAUGAUCGUAAAAGCUGCAAACACAGCUCGGAUGCACAAGAAGAAUUGCAGGCAGUUCGCGCAACAUCUCAAGUUAAUCGGUAAUUUAUUGGAGCAGCUUAGAAUUACAGAACUCAAGAAGUAUCCUGAAACCCGCGAGCCAUUGGAAUAUCUUGAAGAUGCAUUAAGGAGAUCUUACAUUUUGGUUAACAGCUGCCAGGAUCGGAGCUAUCUUUAUCUGUUGGCUAUGGGAUGGAACAUUGUUUACCAGUUCCGGAAGGCUCAACAUGAAAUUGACCAAUAUUUGAAGAUCAUUCCUCUUAUCACGCUUGUGGAUAAUGCUCGAGUCAGGGAGAGAUUUGAAAUCAUUGAGAAUGACCAGCGUGAAUAUACUUUGGAGGCUGAAGACAUGAAGGUGCAAGAAGUCAUUAUGAAACGAGAUCCCUCUAAACAUGAUACAGUAGUAUUAAAGAGGAGCCUUACCCGUUCCUACCCAAGCAUGGCCAUCAAUGAGGCAAUUCAAAAAGAGAAUGAAAAGCUUCAGCUAGAACUGCAACAUUCACAAGCUAAUUUUGAUGCAAGUCACAGUGAACUCAUUCAGCAUCUUCUCGAUGUCACAGAGGUAGUUGCAGCUGAGUCUCUUUCUGAGAAGAGUUCACCCAAUCAGCCUACCAAAAAGUUGGAACAUAGUCACUCAGAUGUCGAUAGUGACAAGGAACACUAUGACAAAAGUUACAGUAAGAGUGAUGAAAAACAGUUAACUUCAAGAAUUACUUCUUCAGUUUCAUCGCAACGUGAACUGCUGUCUUCAAAUGGUUCACUUCGAUAUGAAGAGUGGCAUACAGAUCUGUUGGGCUGCUGUUCAGAACCUCUCCUAUGCAUUAAAACCUUUUUCUUUCCUUGUGGUACAUUUUCUAAAGUUGCCAGUUUUGCAGCCAACAGACACAUAUCUUCAGCGGACGCUUGUAAUGAAUUAAUGGCUUACUCGUUGAUACUGUCCUGCUGUUGUUACACUUGCUGCAUCAGAAGGAAACUUCGAAAAAAGCUAAACAUCACGGGAGGCAUCAUAGACGAUUUUCUUUCACAUUUAAUGUGUUGUUGCUGUGCUCUUGUCCAAGAAUUGCGUGAAGUGGAAAUACGUGGGGCUAACGGUACAGAGAAGACGAAAACGAGCCCCCCGCCCUCUCAAUUUAUGGAAUCUUAGGAAAUUGAAAUUGGUGUCUUGGAGCUAAUAAGCAUAUUAGAGUAUUAUUUGCAUCAGUUGAUAGAUGGAGUAUAGGUUCUCUCCGGAUUUAGAAUCGUUCUGUAAAGUAAUUCUUAGUAAUCCAGAUCUAAUAUGUACAAAACCUAUAGUUUUCAAUGGUUCAUUGUUAAUUCAUUUGCU